AUGCCAACAUCCCUCCUUCUCGUUUUUUCUUUCUGCCUCUCAUCUGGUAUGCCGCCUCUACCUACACAAUACUCAAUACGUAGGUACCUUGCUACUCCUCUUCUCGCGCCUUUGCCUUACAGGCCAUACUCUUUCAAGCAUGUGGCGCAGCUCAUAGGCGGAUUAACUUCCAUUCAAGCGACCAUGAGAAACCAGCUAGUAACAUUAAAUCCCUCUCGCACUCCCGGCCUUGAUGGUGUACUAUCUAUGUCACGCGCAUCAUUCAUACCUUAA